AAGUUUAUGUUUAUGUUGUGCUACCCGUCCAGCCAGCGAAACAAAUGAGCAUAAAGUCGCAGAAACAGACAAGGCCAAAAAUUUGGAAACGAGAUGAAAUUCUCACCUUUUUGGAUGUGUUUGAAGCCACCUUCCAGGAAUCGGUUUCCAAUCCCUUCGAUUCGGAGUCGGAUAUGUGGGAGUGCAUCUCGAACAAACUGCUAGCGCUAGGUUGUACCGCUUCGGCCCAGCAUUGCCGUAAUAAGUGGAAUUUUCUGUACAAAACCUAUUCGCACGCCCCGAACCAGUCGAGUGCAUUCUACGCGAAAAUUAAACAGAUUGUAGAACUUUCCGAAAAAGUAAAUAGUUCGGGCCUGGAAGAAACACCUGAUCUGGAAUCGACUUACGAAAUUAAGGUCUUUGAUGCAAUUGACAGUAAUUCUGCGGUUAAAGUGGAAACAUCCUGCUCGAAUGAACGCGUAGAUGAAAGGUUGGAUGAACGGUUGGAAACGGAUGAUGUGAUGGAACACGAAACUCCAACCUGCAGCGGCGGGGACGAAGUGGCUGAAGAAAUAGUUGAAGAUGUUUCGGUGAUACCUGCCAAGCUGGAAAUCGAAGAGGAUGUAUCUAAUACUCCAGCACAAGAAAUUGAAACUCAAUUCGGUAUACAUUCAAAUUUGAAACCUAUCCUGGACAGUAUCGUCAACAAAUUAGACGCCAUUCAAACGGAGCAGUUAAAUCAAGGACGACGCUUGGAAGCGAUAGAAAGACUACAGAUAGCGAAUAGAGAAAAAAUAACGGAAAUUAAGAAACAUCUGUGUUUGAGUUGAUCAAAUAAAUUUCUCUAACCAUUUUAUGUGAUAAA